UUUGAUAAGAAUGUCGAAAUGCAGCUGCCCUUGAACACUGUUUUCAUCCCAGACCUUUAGACAAGUCCUUAACUCAAAUGCUAAACCGAUUAGGAGCGUUAUUUUUACAUCUAUCGUUAUUUUCAACUCCACGCGCAAUUAAGCUCAUCACAGGGCAUGUGACAAACGAAAAAUGUGAACUAGUUUUUGAAAUACUCCCAAUUCUUUAUCGAAGGUUGGGCCAGUGAAUGGCGCAUGCUCCGUGCGAACAGGGAGUGUUGGAGACGGCCAACAGUGCAGGGAAAGGCUAGACGGGUGAAAAGAGAAGCCCGUCUUCCUUUCGCACAGGAAAAAUACGUUAACGGAGCUUCGUUGUAUGUCCUCGUUUCACACCCGGCCAUGCCAACGACACAGCGAUGUAUUAUUACAGCAAUCGGAAUAAAAUGAGCGCUAGUACAGCCGGGCCUGGAGUGGAGAGUUGCGCGGCCGGGUGUCCGCAUAGCGCCAGCCGCUGCUGCGGGGGAGGAGGCUGUGGUGAGCCCGUCAGCGGUGACGGAAGCUCGGCCGCUGCGGCUACAGCCACCAGCGCUGCCCCAGUGCGGAGCUCAGACAGGGAGAGCAGCGUAGCCGAGGCCCAGGCGUUCCGCGAAUGGGACGAUGCCACCUCCGGCGAUGCGGAUGCGGCCCAGAAAAUGAACGACGGGGGGGUUUUAACAAACGGCGCUGCCGAUAUCACACGGGAGGGAGACGAAUGCGCGGAUUCGGGGGAAUACGGCGGAGGACGCGGGCGUUUCUGUAGACAAAGCAAUGGAGCAGGCGAGGAUAACACCAUUAAUAUUGAUCACAAAGGAGCUGGUUUGCGGCAUAUCACGAGCGCUACGACAAGAAGGCACGAGCGCAGAGCGAGCUCGAGACUGCCGCCGGUGCGCACCGCGAGAGUCCGACGCGGACACACGGCGUACGCCGAGACCGAGAUAAUGACAGCCGCUGCAAGGUGUGGUCACGGGAAUCCCGAGCCCGCGGUCAUCAAGCGCCGGGGAUGCAAUUUCGCCCGAGCCUCCAAAAAGGUGUGUUUCUCUGACGCCGCGGGCCGCGUUGGUUCCAAUGGUGAAACUCACGGGAAGGGCUCCGCGAGCACCGCCGAGACUUUCAGGCGCACCUCCUUACGGCGUAUCCUCUCUGCAAACACGAUCGGGGCCCACAAAAUAAAUUUAGCAGCGUGCCCGCCUGAUGAAAGUGCCCAGCUGCCCACAUGCAGGACAGCGAAGGGGCGUGUCAGACUUUACAGGGUGCGCUCCUUUCUUUCCAGCUCUGCCAACCAUAACAACGGGGUCAGCAGAAACGGUGCCCCUCACAAUAGCCUCCCACCGCAACCCUCCUUCCAAGCCGAGCCCGACCUUAGUGAUUGCGUAAAAAAGCCCCUGUGCGCCCUCUCCAUCACUUCUUGUCAGUCUGAGAAUGGGCCUCCUAACGGGACAGAGCCAGAGCCACGGAAGUGUGACGGUACAGGUGUGGGCAUUGAUGAACAGGGUACUGAGGGCCCCAGCACAGAGCAAAUAGAGGCGGUGAGGGGUGAAGCCAAACGCAGGCAGGCAGAGCUGGAGGGUCGGACUGACCACCUCUGGAGGCGCCUGCAGGCCGUACAAGUGAAGCAGGUGGAGAAGCAUGUUACACAGCAGCUGCAUGGCCUAUACAGGAGCCUGGGGUUGAGCUGCACCAGAAGGCCCAGUGCUGUGUCCAGAAACUCGGCCGAGCUGAGCAGGCUGGCGUGCAGCUGCAGUGAGAUCCUCCGGUCUGCAGAGAGCACCUUGGACUCGGACCACACGGCCAGCAGCUCCGGUGGUGACAGCGACAGUGAGGAAGAUGAGGGAUUGGAGAGAGGGGGUCAUCGCUUUAGACCGCUGCCAAUAAAAUCAAUUGUCACCGGCAAAGAAUGGCAGUGGGCGGAGAGCAGGGCGUGGCUUGGUAGCAGGUGGGUGUGGCUGCAGACUCAGGUAUCAGAGCUUGAGUAUCGGAUCCGUGCACUGACCGAGCUAUACACACAUCUUCGACAGGGAAAGGUGCGGUCCACUUACUCUGUCCCUGAAAUGCCCCUCAGAGCAUCAAACCCCUCCCCGACGUCACACAACUGCAAGAUGUCUUCUGGUGGUGAUCCUAAAAGGAAGUGGCAGACAGAAGACACCACCACUCUGCACACAGUGCCCUGUCCACCUUCUUCUGCCGCACGGGUUCGACCGCUACUUCGGCAACGGCAUCACAGACUCGUUCACCUGGAAGAAUGCACAGUACUGGGGUCAAAGGCGGUUUCGUUACAGUGCUGGUGUGAGCCACCAGCUGUGUGUGUGUUAUGUGGUGGUGCUCCUCUGCGUUCCCCCUCAGAGAAGGAGAAAGGACUGUGGAUGCGUCAGACCUGCCUCGAUAUGUCCGUUCACCCUUUCCUCUCAAUGCCAUCAGAUUCACCCCUUGCACUGCAUUGUUGGAUACGCCCGCUGGCCGGGCACCAUUCUCAUAAUUCACUACAGUGGACAGACAUGUCAUCGGCGUCCUCUUGGCCGGGAAGGCGGGGCCAGGGACGAGUUGGGAGAGUGAGGAGGAGACUAGUUUGUCCCCGUCCGCCCAAUACACUGCCUCCUUUAUUUAACACACCUGGUAGUUCUGGGUGCAGAAGCCAGAGGGGUGUGUUUAUUCCCAGUUAUCUUCAUCCACGUGCUCCAGAUUUGCCCAUUUUGCCAGCAACACCCCCAACAACAGACACACCCACUCAGCCUUUGAGAAGGAGAAGAGUAGAAAGCUCAUUUGACAUCGACAACCUGGUGAUGCCUUUGGGCCUGGCUGGACUAGGAGCACGAGUACAAAGACUACAAUACAAGGAAAUUAUCACACCAAGUUGGAGGGAGCUGGACUCUCUCUCAGGGGUCUCUAGAAACCAGGAAGGGGCACAUGCCCUGUCGUUCAAUUACAAUAACACACAGCACCAGCCCAAUGGGGAAGGACUGGACAUUGAGGAGGAAGAGGUGGAGGAUCUCUCUGACGCUGUGUUUCUGAGCCGCCAUGCAGUGUGUGAGAGCAGAGAGAGGAGUCGGUGGGGGAGCUGGGCUCGCAGACAUCGCCGGGGCAGAUCUUCUUCCUCCUUCCAUGGGGAUGGGAAGAGCUCCAGGGGAUUGGAGCAGACACCUGGGUCUCCAGAUUCCAGGCAAAGUCAUUUUGCAGAAGGAGACAGCUCGCCACGCAGCCCCUUCUGUACUGGAGCGGAGGAUCCCUUUAGCCAGGCUGAGGAUGAACAGCAGGCUGUGCUGCCAUGGGAACGCCGGUCGUUCCCCUUGCAGGAGUCAGAACUUCAGUGGCUGCAGGAGGAGGAUGAGGCGGAGCCCGACGAGGACCCGUGCACCUCCAGCGGCCGCAGCCAAAGCACAGACUCGGGCAUCUCUGUGGGCAGCCUGGAGCUCUCCCCGAGGACCCCUCAACCCCCUCAGCAGCACUCAGGCACAGAGCGAGCCACCCCUCACACACUGUCCUGCACACCAGCCACCCCAACGACAGUCUCUACAGCUCAGGAUUCUCCCAAACUUCCUCUUUCCUUAUACUCGUCCUCUCCGUUAUCAUAGUGCAUCAUGUGUCCAGCCGUUUUUCUGCUCUAAUAUAAAAACAAAACCACAUGUCCCAAUGUCAUUGACCCCUGACAACCUAUUUAUCUAACCACAAGCACUUUGUGUGCUCGUUCCCUGAACCCUCUGGAGCCUUACAUAAACCACACAGCCUAUUAUUUAUAAUCUUCCCUCAAACCCUCAAUCAUUCACCCAAUAACAAGUGCAUCUCCACCAACAGCCCAGUUUCCCCAGUGAGCGUCUCUGGUCCUUCCUUAUACAUCCUUUCAACCUUUCUUCACCAGCCUGCCCCCGAUACAGCUGCCGUUCAAUCUGACUCUACUGUAAUGAACAGAUAGUGUCUGUUUUUCCUUUGUUUAUUCAUUUUUUUGGACCUGUCUAAAGCUUCUUCCCAGCUAUGUCAGUCAGUUAUUUUACUUUUUAGUUAAAUCAUUAUGUUAAAAGAUCUAUGCUGUUUUCACAGAUCAAGAAACAAAAGGGCGAGCCCAAAUUGCAAGCUCUUGGUUAUUGAUCUCCAUACAAAGGCACUACAUAUUCCCCUUAUUUUCUGUGAUUUAGUUACCUUAUUCAUGUGUUGUGUUGUAUGUAUUCCUUAGAGAUGUAUGCGUACUGCCAUAGAAUCAUAGCAUUUAAAGUCAGUUACAUCCUCUCUGGAUACUGCCUGUGUCUUUCAUCCUUCCUUUUGAGCUCAACACAAGAAGUAUAUUUUGAUUUCCAUACGACAUGCUAUGUGUGUGCCUGUGUGUGUAUAUUAUGUUAAAGGAAGAGUGUUAGUUCUUGUUGAUCAGAGAGAAUGUAUGUGUGUGUGUGUGUGUGUGUGUGUGUGAUUUAGACAGGUCUGCUGUACUGCUGCAUUAGGGGGCAGCGUUGGUGAAUAAAACAUCAUUUUGUAGGAACACAACAAAACAUGAGAAGAUAGAAGUAAAUGGAAGUUCUAUUUGAGGCGCACAUGAUGCUCUCAGUGCAAAGACAUAAUAAAAGGAAUUAAAACAUAAAUGAGAACUA